AAACACACAUGUUUGCUUUAUAAUGUCUGCCCCAACUUAAUUUGUACUUAUUCCCUCUUCCUCCAAAACCUUUUUCGAAGAAGAGAACCGGACAAAUAUCUUGCUCGUUUUUCUGCUGCAGUUUGCCGCAUCAUCUCAAGCAUAGAGGAGUAAUAAAUUAUAUAUAUAUGAGGAUCUCAUUUUCAGCCUGCAAGCCAGCACAGCCCCUGCAGGUGAAUUUUCCCGGGGGGUUAAACAUGGAUCAAUUUAUUCCGGGACGGCGCCGGAAGGACAAGGUGGUGAUAGUAAUGGGAGCCACCGGCACCGGAAAAUCAAGACUUUCGAUCGAUCUAGCCACACGUUUCGAGGCCGAGAUUGUGAAUUCGGAUAAAAUGCAAGUUUACAAAGGCUUAAAUAUAGUAACCAAUAAAGUGACAGAAGAGGAAUGUAGGGGAAUCCCUCACCAUUUGUUGGGAAUAGUGGAUCCUGAUGCAGACUUCGCAGCCGUCGAUUUCGUGCAUCAUGCGUCAACUGCCGUUGAUUCGAUUACGAGGAGGGGUAAGUUGCCUAUCAUUGCUGGAGGGUCUAAUUCUUACAUCAAGGCUUUGGUGAAUGAUGACAUGGAAUUCCAGUCGAAGUACGAAUGCUGCUUCCUAUGGGUCAACGUAUCAAUGGCCGUCCUUCACUCAUUUUUGUCCAAAAGAGUCGAUCGAAUGGUGGACACUAGUUUGAUCAAUGAAGCAAGAGAUUUCUUCGACCCUGAAGGGAAUUAUACACGAGGGAUCAAACGUGCUAUUGGAGUACCAGAAUUACAUGAAUUUUUUCAAAACGAGUCAAUUCUUGACUAUGAGGCAAGGGCUAGGCUCCUUGAAGAUGCUAUUGAUAAAAUUAAGGCAAACAACUGCAAAUUGGCUUCUAACCAACUACAAAACAUCGUUAAGCUUCGAAAUCAAUUGGAGUGGCACAUGUAUAAUUUGGAUGCAACCGAAGCCUUCCUCAAAAGGGGCUUGGAAUCAGAUGAAGCUUGGGAGAUGCUUGUAGCCAGGCCCGCCACCAGGAUCGUGGGCCGCUUUCUAUGCAAGGAUGACAUGGAUUUCAUGUCAAUCGCCGUGCCACCACCACUUUAUCAAAUCAUUGAAACGACUCAAAGCAUACUAAGUUAAAAUACCAUAUAUCACUUAUCUUACUCAUUGUGUCCACUACUGCGUAUUAAGCACAGAUACGUCUUUGUCAGUCCAUUUCAUAUUCCGCCCAUUCAGGAUAAGUAUUCUUUCAUGGCACAUGACAAGCGUCAGUCGAAUCGAAUCGAAUCGACCUACUGUUUGCCCUCUUUUCUACCUUGGCAGAGGUUGCUAUCAGGUAGUUAAGUACCUAAAUAUUGGUUGCCGUACAGGUACAAAGUAUAUUAGAAAUCCAUGCAGGGAACUCUCUGACUCCCCCAUUUUUGGUACUCUAUGGAGUGGGCGGCUUUUGCAAAUUGUAGGAACUUUGUGACACUUCAAUAAAUUAUGAAAGAAAGAGGGAGUGUAACUUUUGGCUUUCAUUUUCUUGUACUUUUUUCAAAAAUUUAUUGUGAAACUUUAUUGUACACACAAGCUAUAAUAUUCUGGAUUUGACAGC